AUGGUGGUUGUUAUGGUGAUUGGAAUGGUGUUGGUGAUGUUAUCGUGGUGUGGUGGUAAUUGUGAUGGUGAUGUUGGCGGUGAUGGUGGUGGGGAUGAAAGUGAUGGUGGUGUUGGUGAUUGUGGAGGUGAUGGUGAUGGAAAUGGCUGUGAUGGUGGUGUUGAAGGUGGUGGUGGGGAUAUGCUGGUGAUGUUCAUUGAAGUGGUGGUAUUGGUGAUGGUUGUGACGGAAGUUGGGUUGGUGGUGAUAAUGGUGACAAUUGUGAUGAUGUUGGUGGUGCUUGGGGUGGUGGUGCUUAUGAUUUUAGUGGUGGUGGCGAUGAUAAUGGUGGUGUUGAUUAUGUUGGUGAUGGUUGGGUGGUGGUAG